GCCUACCUGAACUUCCACGCUAUCCGCUAUGAUACCGUCCCGUCCUCCGCCUACGCCUCGCCAAACCUGGCCCUGCCCUUCCUGGUGCCCGCCGUAGACCCCAACACUACCACCGCCGCCGCCCCGCCCGUCGUCCUUGGAGAAGAUAUCGAAAAAUGGGUGCUCAAGCGGACGGGCCAGCCGCAAAAGACCUCCGCCGCCCAUAGCCAUCGCCUGAGUCUCGCAACGUAUUGCCCGCUUGUCGAGCAUGCCAUCCGGCGUGCCUGGGUCCACGUCCUGUACCUGGAGGACGCGAACUUCGACUCCGUCGUGCGCCGGAUCUACGUAGACCCGUGCAGCACCCACCCGCUCGUGCGCAUGGCCAUUGCCUCACAGCUCCGGCACGCCGCACGAGAGGAGCUCGACACCUUCUCGCGUUUCAGGGAGGUGGAUUCGCUGCUGUCGGCCGCCAAGGACGCCUUCGAGGUGCUCUCCACCGUCCUGAAGGACCAGGCGUACUUCACCGGCACGGACACCCCGGGCAUCUUGGACGCCAGUCUGUUUGCAUAUACCCAUUUGAUCCUGGACGAGUCGUUUGGCUGGAAGAGGAACCCGCUGAAAAAGUAUUUGACGAAAUACGAGAAUCUUGUCCGACAUCGCAACCGGAUUCUUCAAGCCUAUUUUGAAUAA